CCAGCCUGAGAAGUUAGGUUGUGAGUACUUUGAUGAUUUAUUCUCAAGGUCAUUUUUUCAACAGUCAACUCAAAAUUCAUCCCAAUUUUUGAUGCAUGAUCUUAUUAACGAUCUAGCUCAAUCUAUUUCCGGAGACAUAUGCUUUAAUUUGAAUGAUGAGUUAGAGAACAAUAAGCAAUCCAUGGCUGUUUCAGAGAAGGCUCGUCAUUUGUCAUUCAAUCGUCAACGUUACGAGAUGAUGAGAAAAUUCGAAGCGUUUCGUAAAGCUAAGUGUUUGCGGACGUUGGCUGCUUUGCCACUCACUACAUUUUCUACAUAUUUCAUUUCAAGUAAGGUGCUAGAUGACCUUUUAAAAGAAAUGAAAUGUUUGCGGGUAUUGUCAUUAAGCGGUUAUUUCAUAAGUGAGAUGUUACCAAAUUCCAUAGGCGGUUUGAAACAUCUGCGCUAUUUGAAUUUAUCUGAUUCUUUGAUGAAUAGGUUACCCGAUUCAGUGGGUCAUCUUUAUAAUUUGCAAACACUAAUAUUAUGCAAUUGCUAUAGACUUGUUGAGUUGCCUAUGGGAAUUGGAGGCCUCAUCAACCUUCGACAUGUUGAUAUUUCUGGUGCAGUUCAACUACAGGAGAUGCCCCCUCAAAUGGGAAACUUAACCAAUUUGCAAACAUUAUCCGACUUUAUUGUGGGCAAAGGUAGCAGGUCGGGUGUCAAAGAAUUAAAGAAUUUGCUGGGUCUCCAAGGAAAGCUUUCUAUUUCAGGGUUGCAUAAUGUGGUAGAUAUUCAAGAUGCAAGGAGUGUUAAUUUACAGAAGAAUCAGAACAUCAAAGAGUUAACACUGAAAUGGAGCAGCGAUUUUGGUGAAUCAAGAAAUAAAAUGAAUGAGACGCUUGUUUUAGAGUGGCUACAACCUCAUAGAAAUCUGGAAAAGCUCACCAUUGCGUUCUAUGGUGGACCAAACUUUCCAAGUUGGAUAAAGGAUCCCUCAUUCCCAUUAAUGACACACUUGGUUCUCAAGAAUUGCAAGACAUGCACGUCGUUACCAUCUCUCGGCCAAUUAUCCUUACUCAAAAACUUGCAUAUCGAAGGGAUGAGUGAAGUUAGAACCAUAGAUGAGGAGUUUUAUGGAGGGAUUGUCCAGCCUUUUCCAUCCUUGGAGUUACUGAAGUUUAAAAAUAUGCCAACAUGGGAAGAUUGGUUUUUUCCAGAUGCAGAUGAAGAAGUUGAACCGUUUCCAUUCCUUCGAGAACUUACAAUAAGGAGAUGCUCAAAGCUUGGUAUACAAUUGCCUGAUUGCCUACCUUCUCUGGUUAAACUUGAUAUCUUUGGGUGUCCAAAUUUGAAAGUUCCCUUUUCAGGAUUUGCAUCUCUUUGUGAAUUAAGUUUAGAAGAAUGUAAAGGGUUGGUGUUCAGAAGUGGGGUUGAUAAUUGUCUAGAAACAUUAGCUAUUGGACGGUGUCACUGGCUUGUAACAUUGGAGGAGCAAAUGCUACCUUGCAAACUUAAAAUUUUGAAAAUACAAGACUGUGCUAACCUGGAGAAGCUGCCAAACGGAUUGCGAAGUCUCAUAUCUCUCCAAGAGUUGAAAUUAGAGAGGUGCCCCAAACUGGUUUCAUUUCCAGAGGCCGCUUUGUCACCCUUGCUCAGAUCUGUGGUGCUCCAGAACUGCCCAUCUCUCAUAUGCUUUCCAAAUGGUGAGCUACCCGCCACCACACUCAAGCAUCUGAGGGUUGAAGAUUGUGAAAAUUUGGAGUCUCUACCAGAGGAAAUGAUGCACCACAAGUCCUCUUCCACUGUAGGCAAAAACACUUGUUGCCUUGAAAAAUUGUGGAUAAAGAAUUGUUCCUCUCUCAAGUUCUUUCCAGCAGGGGAGUUACCCUCCACCCUUGAGCUCCUUUGUAUUUGGGGAUGCGCAAACUUGGAGUCAAUAUCAGAGAAAAUGUCAUCCAAUGGCACAGCUCUUGAAUAUUUAGACAUAAGGGGCUAUCCAAAUCUGAAAAUCCUACCAGAAUGCCUUACAAGCCUCAAGGAGCUCCACAUAGAAGAUUGUGGAGGUCUGGAGUGUUUUCCAAAAAGAGGAUUGUCAACCCCCAACCUCAGGCACUUUCGUAUUUGGAGAUGUGUGAAUCUCAGGUCCCUUCCACAGCAAAUGAAAAACCUCACAUCUGUUCACACUCUCGGCAUACGGGGUUGUCCAGGAGUGGAAUCCUUUCCAGAAGGGGGUUUGCCCCCCAAUCUAACAUCACUUUACGUUGGAUGGUGUCAGAAUCUGAAAACACCCAUAUCUGAAUGGGGACUCCUUACCCUCACCUGUUUUUCUGAAUUGACCAUAUGUAGUAUGCUUCCAAAUAUGGUUUCUUUUUCGGAUGAAGAGUGUCUUCUUCCUCCAUCUCUGACCUAUCUUUACAUCAGUGACCUGAAAUCUUUAACCUCCCUGGCUCUCCAAAAUCUGGUGUCUCUAACUGAACUAGGUAUUGAUUGUUGCCGCAAGCUCAGUUCCUUGGAGUUGCCUGCAACACUUGGAAGACUUGAAAUCACUGGUUGUCCUAUUAUAAAAGAAAUCUGCUUAAAGAAGGGAGGAUACUGGCCCAACUUCGCCCACAUCCCCUGCAUUCAAAUAGAUGACUCAUACAUCCAUUGAAAGAUAGCAGACUCAGAUUGAAAUACAUUUUUCUCUUGUCAAGAAGUAUAGAUCCAUUCAUCUUUAUGCUUACUUUAGUCAAUCAGAUUCAGAGGGAUACUGCUUGGUAGAGAUGUGGCAGGAAGCACAGGGUGAAGAUAACAGAAGAUCUUUGACAGAAGUUACUCACUGGGGUUUUGACAAAGGAAAGGGCUGCCUGCAACACUCCCAAUGCUUGAAAUCAGGAAAUUUCAUAUUCGAAAAACUGAUGGUAAGAGGAUGUGGGGAGAUUGCAUCUUUUGUAAGAGAGCAGGUUUGGUUUAGAAUGCCUCAGUGGUCUUGAAAGUCUGGAGAUCUGGUAGUGGCAUGGACUUGUACCCUUUGGACUUUGGAGCAGCAGGGCUGCUUGGCAAUCUUAAAUAUUUGAAAUUGGAAGACUGGGCUAACCAGAAGAAGCAGAAGACUGCAGUUUAGCCUCCAACCUUACAUCACUUUAUAUGGGACAUCAUGUGAAUCUGAAGCUGCCAUUAUCUGAGUAGGGCCUCCACAGGCUCACUUCUCUUUCAUCAUUUGUACAUUUCUGGUGUAUGUCCAGCUCUGGCUUCUCUAUCAGAUGAUGACUAUCUUUUUCCCACAACUGAGCAAUUUUUAUGUUCGUAAACUGGAUUCCAUCGCAUCUGUGCUUUCAAAAACCUGCAUUCUCUUGAAACUAUAUCCAUCUAUAGGUGUCUUAAGCUCUGGUCCAAAGGGUUGACUGAAAAACUUUCGAGGCAUGACCUCAAUACUACGUGAUUAUCUGCUUUCUUCAGGACCAUUUUGAGUAAGCAUGAUAAGUUAGUGCUUCAUUUUUUCUUUUAAUUUCUUCUUUCAGGUAAGAAGAGAAGAAUGAUGAAGUAAUUCAAUGCCAACA